AUGGCCGAACGACCGACUACCACAUGCAAAGCUCCACGGAGCCCGUCAAACCGUGACUUCAGCGCAUCAUUGCGAUGGUUACGCCGUCGCCCUCACCACCACCGCCAUGCUGAGUCGAAAACUUCAUACCCGAAACUGGAUUGUGCGAAUUCCAACACGGCCUUGAAAGACGUGUUGCGCAUUGGCCGGAAAUACAAGUCCGAGGGCAUGACAGAGGUAGCGUACAGCCGACAUAAUGAGGCUCCCGACUGGUUCGACAAGACGGGAAAGAUAUACCCUGCUCGAGCGACGGAAAUCCUGACAGCCAAAGACAAGAACGCGGCAUAUCUACUUGGAGACCACGAGCUGAAGCUGUUCGGCGACCCAGCCAAGCUACUUCAACGCGACGGACUGGACACAGUUGCCUAUACAGCAAAGGGCACUCCACGCAAGCGACAACAACCACUCGUCAAACAAGGCCGGAAGGGGACGGGUAAGAUGGACACUAAGAGCAACUGCUCCGAAGAGCUUUCGCUGGCAGGCAAGACAGCUCUUGCGGGUGCAUUCCUAGCCUUGGAGAGAGACGACGUCACAGUUACCGGAUGGAAGCGCAGCACACAAGCACGAAAAGACGCGGCCGAGCAUGAAUCGAAACUGGCACUGCUGCAGGUGGACUACGACGGGAGAUGCGCGUUCAUGGUCAACGAGUUUUCCAAACUUACUGGCGAUUCUCCCAAAUUCCGUGAGACGGCAGCUCAAAAGCUCGCUCGUUCGCCCAGACACCGAGCUCACCCAAUCCUCUAA